AUGUACACAGUGUCUUCAGCGAAUGCGCCACAUAACCGGAAUUCAUCCUGUUCAAUAGAAGCGAACAGGCGUUGAGGUACAGUCCGACUUUGCGCUGAUGGUCGCGGAACUGUCCACCUUAUUAUGUAUUGCCUCCUUGUUGGGGCAGGCAGUUUACCCCCUGUUACAUCGUCUCGUUCAAGCAUUAUUCGUACAGCAUUUCCGAGUGUUCCGUUUGAAGCACCAAAAAUAGGUACUCCUCUAGAGAUGACGUUGCGCUCAACGGAUUCCCUCUUAGUUGAAGCGUCCUCAAUAAGAGCGGUGACAAAAAUAAAAAGGUCUUCUUCCGUCGGUGGCUCAAUCAGGCUGCCAGAGCACUUCAGAACCCGUAAUUUGCUACACAGACUAGAAUAUUGUGAGAGGAAGAGUUCCGCAGCCUUCAAAUGCUUCAAAGCUUCCAUAAAGUCGUCUCGUGAUCCGCUUCGAUUUGCGCGACAUACAGAAUUGAUCAAAAGCUCUUUAUCGAGAUAGUUCUUAACGCAUUUACCUUUCUGAAUCAUCUGUACGACAGCUGCAACGAAUAGGACAGGUCGUAUAAGCUCCACCAUUUGUUGAACGGUAGCAUUUUCCAAUAGUGAGAGAAUCUCUUCGGCAAUCUUUGAUUCAUUGAAUAAACGUGCUUGGUUUACCACAGGGAUUGGCAUAGCUUCAGACCAACAUCUAACCCAAGUAUUGUCCGGAAGUUGCAUUCUUUCCGACAAGCAUUCUUCCUCCUCUAUCCAGUCCUUGGGUGAGUGCCAUCGGAUGAAAUCCUCUAGGCAACAUUUCGGAUUGGCAGCCUUGAAUGCUUGCAUAUCACUGCGUAGGACGUCCAGUUGGGCUUGAACCCUUGCCUCUCCAUCAUCCAAUGACGAGAGGUAAUUUGCAUAUUCAUCGACCAUGUCUUCGGUCAUGGGGCUGCGGUCCUGCGUAAUUGGAACAUAGAGUAGUGUAUCACUGUGCUUGAGUAAGCGCAUUUCGCCGAAAGGAUGAAGACGACCGGAUGGCUCUUGCUCCGAGAGAAGUUUGCCAUUUUUGGGUGUACCCUUUCCAGUCCCUUCUCUAGAGCUAUUGCUCGAAGACUCAUCAGAUUGGUCAGACUGAGCGUCAAAGAACUCGUCUCCGCCAAAAUCUUUGGUGUUAUCAUAUAAUUCAUGCCUCCUUCUCUUCGCAGAAAUGCAGCAUUGGAGCAUCUGGAUUUUCUGAUGCAGAAGACAGUGGGACAAAUUUGGUUGCGUAAUAUUACUCAAUCCUGGCAAAUCUUUCGUACUAUCAUAAUAAGUGCGUAGUCGUUUCACGAAUUCAAGCCACACUUGAGCGAAGGCGUACGGUCCAAAAACGUCAUCAAUGGAAGCGUUUGCAAAAGCUAUCGCAAAAUGCCACGUCAAAGAUUCCGGUGGUGUCCACUUGUUCUGUCGAAGCGAAGCGUAAAUGUUCGAGCCUUCAACGUCACUCAACUGAGAAUCAGUCGUACGUGAGGGGGUCUGGCGAGGAACACGUGACUCCGGAACACUCCUGAUGGCACUGCCGGGUGUGCUCUUCAAACGUUGACUGAAACUACCACUCACAUCAGUCUUUUCAUUGUAAUCUUCUUCCGCUUCGAAUAUGCUAUCCAUACAACGUUUAAUAACAGACUUUGAAAUAGGCAUUAACACCUCAUCAAGUGGCAAUCCACCAGGAUUUGUUAUAGAAAUGUUAGGAACGCCAGCAAAUCGAAUAUUCUGGAUGCCCCCAUCGGUAAGUUGUCCGAAAGCUUUUGGAGACUGCCGUACACCGAGCAGGGUGAAUGCAUUUUCUGAAGAUUCCUUCGAUUUAUGGAGAUCAACGAUACGCGAAAGCACAUAGCCUAGUAAUCCCUCGGUAUACCGGAAAUCAAUGGAGCCAGACCAGUUGAAGGCGCUCAGGAGAUCAAGAUCACUGUGAUACUCAUUCUCGUUAAUCAUCUCCUCCUUCAUGUUCGGCCAUGACGCAAUGAGAUUGAAUUCGCUGAUCGGUUCGUCUCUGCUACCAAAUGGAAGACUGUUGCACUCUACUAUUUCACAUAACUCGUCGAUUUCUUUCGAAGCAAUUGAAGGAAACUUUAUAUUGUAGUCGAAUUGGAUAGACACACGAAUAUCUUCAGCUUCGAGAAACGAUAUGGGGCAUUUAACAUGUUCUUUGAAAAGGUCAAGCAGACCGCUCAGAUGCAUGUGACGCAUUUGACCUUUCCUCAAGUGCGAGCCUGUGUAAUGCGCAACAACGGAUUUAUUGCACGACGUUCCAAAAAACAGCUGUCUAUCAAUGUGCCCAAACUGGAUGAACAUCGGGACUUCGCAAUCAACACUGUGUUGAGCAACUCGAAAUGCACUGAUGACCAAAUUCUUCUGAUCUUCUGUCAUUAUCGCAUCAUCAAUCUGAUCAGCUGGUGAUAGUAGUAUAUAUUCGGAGACACCAUACAUCGUUGUUAUGUUACUGUGGUAACAGAAGUCAACUUCAGCAUCCGCCAUGUCGAUAGCGAACAAAGGGAGAUGCCCAUCAACUUCGGAAUUCGGUUGGUCUUUGACGACAGCGUCAACCACAUCAGGAUAGUAAUACGUAGCUUUUAGCUUGUUCGAUUCACCAAAAUUCAACGUUGCUGAUUUUAACUGCCAAGAGCAGGAUUUCAGAAACCCACCAACAAGUCCCCAUUCUUGGAUGAGAGCCUCAAUGGCAACUACGAAAUGCUCAAAUUCUGUGAUGACAGUGAAAUCGUCGAUUUCGAAGACAUCUUCCUCUUCACUUUCUUUCUCCAUGACCCCAGUUUCCUAA